GACUGGGCUGGGACAGACGGAGGAACGUGUCGAAUGACACGGUCGAGGUUUACCCAGUUGUCAUUUGGGCGCACUUGCGGUCCACAAUAAUAAUGCAGCUCCCGUCAGUGGGAGUCACGGAAGUCCAUGUAGGCAUCCGCCACAUCUUUGCGCUCUGUCAUUCUUUAGUGAGGCGGUGCAGGACGUCACCAACAGCUUUUCUCAGUAGAUCGAAUGUAAAUCUAUUAAUGAUCAAUAACACAGAUACAAUAUGAAUUAUUUGUAUUUUUUCUCGCUGCUUGUAUUAACAGGACUGGCUCGGUGCUCAGAGGACGAAACCCGCCUGGUCAAACAGCUUUUCACUGGCUACAACAAGGUGGUUCGGCCUGUCAACCAUUUCAAAGACCCAGUGGUGGUGACCGUAGGCCUUCAGCUCAUCCAGCUCAUCAGCGUGGAUGAAGUAAAUCAGAUUGUCACUAGCAAUGUGAGACUUAAGCAGCAAUGGAAAGAUGUAAACUUGCAAUGGAACCCCGAUGAAUAUGGUGGAAUAAAAAAAAUCCGAAUACCAUCAUCUGAUAUUUGGCGCCCUGAUCUUGUUCUUUAUAAUAAUGCUGAUGGGGACUUCGCGAUCGUGCACGAGACGAAGGUGCUGCUGGAGCACACCGGCAUGAUCACCUGGACCCCGCCUGCCAUCUUCAAGAGCUACUGUGAGAUCACUGUGUUGUACUUCCCUUUCGACCUUCAGAACUGCAGCAUGAAACUGGGAACGUGGACGUAUGAUGGCAACCUGGUCGUGGUCAACCCGGACAGCGACAGGCCUGACUUGAGUAAUUUCAUGGAGAGUGGCGAGUGGGUGAUGAAGGAUUACCGUAGCUGGAAGCACUGGGUGUACUAUGCCUGCUGCCCUGACACGCCCUACCUGGACAUCACCUACCACUUCCUCAUGCUCCGGCUGCCCCUCUACUUCAUCGUCAACGUCAUCAUCCCCUGCAUGCUCUUCUCCUUCCUCACAGGCCUGGUCUUCUACUUGCCCACUGACUCAGGGGAGAAGAUGACCCUCAGCAUCUCUGUUCUGCUGUCCCUGACCGUGUUCCUGCUGGUCAUUGUGGAGCUGAUCCCAUCAACCUCCAGUGCUGUGCCCCUCAUUGGGAAGUACAUGCUGUUCACCAUGGUGUUCGUCAUCGCCUCCAUCGUCAUCACUGUCAUUGUCAUCAAUACUCACCACCGCUCCCCAAGCACCCACACCAUGCCUCAGUGGGUGCGUAAGAUCUUCAUCGAGACAAUUCCCAACGUCAUGUUCUUCUCAACAAUGAAGAGGCCGGCCAAGGAGAGGCAGGACAAGUCCAUCUUCACUGCGGACUUCGAUAUCUCUGACAUCUCGGGAAAGCCCACCCCGCCCUCGGUUACUUUUCAGUCGCCCAUCAUUAAAAACCCUGACGUCCGCAGUGCCAUUGAUGGAGUCAAAUACAUCGCCGAGACCAUGAAGUCUGAUGAGGAAUCCAAUAAUGCCGCUGAGGAGUGGAAAUUUGUUGCCAUGGUGCUGGAUCACAUCCUGCUGUGUGUGUUCAUGGCCGUGUGCAUCAUUGGCACGUUGGGCGUGUUUGCUGGCCGCCUCAUUGAGCUCAACAUGCAGGAUUGAUACACAAGGAGGCGAUGAUGUCGAAUAGGGCGUAACCUUGUUUUCCACAUUGCGUAUCUUUAUUUUGGGUAAAAUGAUGCAUUCACAAAUAUUUACAAAUGUUUUGCAUGUGACUAUAUAGUUUUUAACUUUUCAAUCAAAGUGUAUUAUUAUUUACAUUAUUGUAUUGAAUAUUUGUUGAAUUUGGGAUUAAUUUAGUUACAUUUUACAGCUAGGCUAAUCCUACACAAGUAGGCACUGAUAUUAUACACCAGGCUUAUGUAUAAAUAACAAGCAUCUAGGCCUCCAAUUACAAUUUAAGCCAAUUGUAAACAUGGUUGAGUUUUACUAAUUGCAUUAACCAUUAAAGGCAUGGCAGUUUAAAGCAUAGGUAUUGCAUGAAAUUACCUCCAGUCUUGCUCUCAGACUUUAGAGGGUGCAACCUAUUUUCAUUUUAUCCUGCAACAAAGUAACAGCUGAGUUUGACAGUUCACCUUUCAUUCAAUUGUAUGUUAAUUGCAUCAGACAUUUUUAUAUUUUCUUCCGGAGGGCAAAAAGAAAACAAAAAAGUCAAGUCUACCUUGCGUAAUUCAUAUUUUCUCUUUGACUCUGUGUCUCGGAUGGAAUAUCUCCUCUAUAUCGACACAUUUCGAAUUGAUUAAACCCGUUAAAGCUGUCGUGGUAAUGCAAAAAGAAAAGUUAAAAGACGGUUGAGAAUGCCUUUUUCGUCUUAAACAGACGGUAAGAUCAUUCUUUAGCAAUGCCUGUAUAAAUUAUGUUUUGGCGUAGGCCUGUAUAUAUAGGUUCCGUCAUCUGCAAAUCAUGAUUUUAUUACGCAUUAUGAUGCAUUUUUUCUUUUUCAUUUGUUCUGAUUAUGUUACUGGGCAAAAUAGCAAACGAUAUCUUCCUCAACGCUCAGUAAGUAUCACAUCUGGAAACAUUGCAUCACUAUGAAUGUCCCGGAUUUGGGAAAAAACAGAAGUUUCUCUGUUAAGCCAUAAAUGCCUUUACACUGGGUAAAUGUCCCGGUUGCAGAUGUUUAUGAAGACGAUCUAAUUUUGCUCGUGAUGCGAGGACAGUUUGAGUCAGAGACACUUUAACGAAGGUAAGUUAAACAUUACCGAUAACAUUUACCAGAUUAACUGGAAGCUGUAGCGCAGAAUGAAAAAAUAUAUCAAAAGGAGUGGCACUCACUGGGAUGCAUCUAGGCUAUGGUUUGUGCGUCUCGAUUUUUCUUAUGACUUUUUGCAUCAAACUUGGCAUGUUUCUGCACAUUUAGAAAAAUAAUAUCCAGUUAGAAAACGAAACUGCAAUGCCUCAGGUGGUUUUGAUUGAAACCGAACACUUUAAAUCAUGAAAGUGAAUCGUGAGGAUACAGUACGUACUGGUGUCCGACGUGUACGACUAUUGCCAUUUGAGUUACAAGUGUACUUUUGUCUUUCCCUUGUAAACUCUAAUACUUGCUCUCAGAAACUUUUCAAGACAUUUUAGCGUAUGCCAAGUCAAGCUGGGAGGAAGCGAGCCCCGCUUUCCUUACUUAUUUCCUGGGCAUUUAUUGGGUGUGUAGUUGGCUAGAUGUCGCUAGGAGUAUUUGUGAAUUUAGCUCAAUCGUUACUCUAGAAUAAAAGUCACCGCUACAUCAUCUAUGCCUACCAUUUGCAUUUAAUUGUUGCAGCUGUGCAGUUCUGUUUUUUAAUGCUUAAUGUGUUAUCAAAUGUAAAACUAACAAUAUGACGUGUACUGUAGCUACUGUUUUGGGAUCUGCGUCUCAGUGUUAUAUCUGUUACAUAAAAUGUAACAAAAAUAACGGCGAAGAAAGUCUCAUGAAAGCAGAUUUAGGUUAUUGAAAGGCUUCAUCCGCGUCGCGCACAAGUGUGUGUAUCUGUGUGUUUUUCUAGUUUUCGGAUUUUUUCUCAAUUUAUGUUUGAUAUGUGCAUUAUUGAAUUUUCACUUUAUUUAAGCACUGCUAUGAGGUUUAUCAUUCAACCUUGGAUCAUCCAGCAAUAUCUUUUCAUUUUGGAACUGCCUGUUUUGCGUGAAGACAUGAAAUUUGAAAGACAGGAAAAGUUUAUUGUAAUCAGGGCCGGUCAAGUCAGCAAGAAACAGGACUACUAUAGCUUAAGAACAUAGCCUAGCAUUCCAGUAGCCUACUGUAUUUGGGUGAAAUCAAUUUAUACCACGCAAAGGCUUACUGUAUACGACUGCGCUUGCGAAUCCAGUACGUCUCUUACUGACAGUCAUACAGCAAAAUAUACAUAAAAAUCCGUGUAAUUUUUUAAUGGCUCAUACCCAGAAAAUCUCUUUUAGUGCUGUAACCGAUGACCGAGCACAACGAGGAACAUGCAAUUAAAAAACAACAGGAACAAACUUCAAGUAGACUACUAUCUUCAAAAAGGGAAUUUUAAAAAAGAGAGUAAAUUAACUUUACUUUCUUGAAAAUGUUCAAGGCAAAUAAAUUGUUCAGCCUUUGAA